AUGAACUAUACACGCAAACGUAACGUCGAAUCACCUUCAACACCAAACGAAGCAGUCGUUGAGCGACUCGGACGGAUUGAAGCACUCCUCGAGGAGCAGAGCCAGAAAUUGGAGCGCUUGUAUCUCCGAGGUCUGCCGUCCUCAAAUUUUGACGGGCCUCACCUCAGCCUUUCCUCCAAUGUUUCCAUCGAUGCCUCCGCGACUGGAGCCGAGCCUUCUGAGGUAACAGACGCAAACAUAUCCUCUACCGGCAGUCUCCCUGUUCCACGACUGCCUAUGCACUUGGCACCCGAAUUUGCCGCCCAUGCUACCACCAGUCACGGCGGUAUCACGGCUACAAGGGCGUCGGGCGCAUCGUCAACUUCGCCACCUAUGCCAGCGCCUGUUCCGUCGUCCAUCCGCUACGGGCAGCAGUACACCCGCGCCUAUGCCCGUAUUUGGCUACUCAACUGA